AAAUGAUAAAACCAAAACACGACUGAUAGCAAAAUAAAAAUAUAAUUUAAAGGAAUUUAAAUAUUAAAAGUAUCAAAAAAACUGAGUGUAGGAUCAUCAAAUGUGCCGAUAGUGUAAUAGGACCCAAAAUGACUAAGCACGAGACUAAAGCUGAGGCGGCAGAGUCGAACAGGAUGUGGGCGAGCGCCUCCUUCGUGGGUGUCCUCAUCAUCAUCGGCCUGCCGCUCUGGUGGAAGACCACGGAAGUCUACAGGGUAUCACUGCCAUAUGACAAGAUCAGCUCUUUCGACACUCUCUCGCACUCCAUAACGACUGAACUGACGGUGUUGGCCAACGAUGAAGCCACGGCGGCCGAGAUCGUCGGUCUUAUUGAGAACGAGUUCAAAGAUUCAGAUGUCAUCAAACUGAAGAUAUCAAAGCAAGUGAUAUCACAGCAACUGCAUUCAACCCUGAACUCCGUGGCUGAUGAGCACGAAGCCGUGGAAGAGGUGGCAGCAGUCUUCGACCUGGACCAGCAUAACAGCUUCUAUGUGGUGCAGAGGAAGCCGCUGUACCAGGACACCUGGCUCGCUGGAGAGAGGAUCAUGUUCUUUAGAGAUGCUAAAGCCUCCCGAACCGUAGUACAAGCCCUGAAACGCGUAGUCUACCAGACUUCAGUGCUAGAGGGUGCUAAGUCAGAGACAGCUGACGUGGCCCGUCAGACGAGGUUCCCGCCCGGUGGGGGGUAUCAUAUUGUGCUGUCCGUGGUGCAUCCGCGACCUGAUGCCUUGAAGGUCGAGCUUGAUGCUGGAGAGGCGGUGGAAGAUUACAUCGGAUCAUUUGUGGAUGAAUUGAGCGUGCUGCACAACUUUACUCUCAAGUCGCAGUGGCUGCAUCUCCUAGACUUCGACUUCCAAGCCAAACAGGUAAAAGAUACAAGCGAAUGGGGCCGCCACUUCGCCGUUCGCCAGGAUCGGCUGCACCUACUCCUCACCAAGCUGGAGGAACGAACUGCCACGCACGUGUCCGAGCUAGCGACCGUCAACCUGGCGCUAUAUGCCGUGCCCUGCCACACCGCGCCGCUCGUCAUAUACGAUAGUGCCGAUCAGAAAGUCCAGUCUCACGUGCAAGCAUUCAUGUCUCCGAAGUGGGGCGGCGUGGUGCUGGGCGGGCCGGGCGCCGCCGACUGCCGCGACGCCAGUCCCGCGUGGAGGCCCAACGUGAGGGUCGUCAUGGGCACCUUCAUAUCACAGCUCCGGAAACUGCUUGGGAUUACUGAUGCGGAGCACAUAGAGGGCGGUCACUUGGAGCCGCUGCGGUCGGUGACUCCUCGCCGCUGGGAGAUCGACAACCUGCUCCGCAUCAGAACCCUGGAGCAGCUCACCUCUGCCGAGAGGACUCUGCAGUCAUUAGCGCAACUACUAGGUGAAAUAUCAAACAUCGUCAUCAACGACGAAGUAGGAGCUUCCAUCAAUUCUGCAGUGGAGAGCAUUGAGUUUGCCAGCGAGCUGAUGCAGAAGGGACUGCUGGUAGACGCCUACAAGGAGUCGCAGAGUGCCUUCCUAGCUGCAGAAACUGCGUUCAUGGAGCCUAGUCUGUUAGCUUUACUGUACUUCCCGGAUGAUCAGAAGUACGCUAUCUACAUUCCAUUGUUCCUGCCGAUCAUGUUCCCAGUGGUGCUGUCUCUGAAGAAUUUGUUGCUUUGGUUCCGAGGCAAGCCUAUCCACAAGACGAAGCAGGACUGAACAAUCAGUAUUAAUUAGUUUAUUAUGAUAAUUAUUUAAUACUCUGAAUAAAUAAUUUAACUGAAAA